AUGCAGCUUUUUGUGCGCGGAGAAAACCUCCAUACUUUCGACGUAACCGGUGGCGAGAGUGUGUUAGCUCUCAAAACCGAAAUAGCCUUCGCCGAAGGCAUCCCAGCAGACGAGCAAGUUCUCUUUUAUGCUGGAAAGCCACUUGAGGAUGGAAUGAGUCUUUUGGAUUGUGGGGUAGCUGAUCUGUCUACACUGGAAGUUGGUCUUCGCUUGCUUGGAGGUAUAAAAUUUUGUACUUUUUGUUGACGUAUAAACCGUUAAUAAAUCUUAUCUAAAGGAGUUUUCGUUCUGAUCACAAUUAAUCCCAUUAUUCACAUCGUUAUUCGUUCACUUAAUACCGGCAGAAAACAUGUCACUUUAAGAAAGUAGCAGUACUUCAUUUGCAUAACAUCUGUGUGCAUUCUUAUUCCAGAACUAAAUAAAAAUAACCAAACAUUUGAAUGCACAUACUGGGAUGAACGCUUUACACUGGUUUUACUACUUGUCAAAUUCUUUGCGUCCAAGUUCGCUACCUGUAUGCUGGGCUUGCCGCCUAUUGUAAAAGUCUAAAACUUGCAACUUUGGAAGAGCAAGUUUAAAAGAACGAGAAAUAUUUUAAAAUUUUCUUUUUUCCUAGUGGGAUUAAAGAAACAUUUUCAAUGGUCUAAAGAAAGUAAUAUGUAGUGAACGUGUCGCGAACUAGGACGGAGCAAAUUCAGCAAGUAGCAAAACCAGUUGUAAAUGUGUCGAAGUGAUGUUGUCUACGGGUAUUACAGUUAACCAACAAUAGGAUGAAUACCAUGUAAGAAGCUCCUAUAAGAGUUUACAGUCAAGUCUUGCCAGUGGAAGAGAUUUGUAACAAGACUUUUGUGUAUCCUUAUUCUGGACUAUGGUUAAUCGAAGACACCCUGUGUAUUAACUUUCAAUUUUGUUUUUUGCUGUUGUACAGUCUGACUUUGUUUAAAUUGAUAGUAACCGUAUCAAAACAAUUCACUGCAGUAUUACCGAAACAGUUGCAAUUUCGAGCCCUGCCUUAUGUGUUAAAUACUUCUUCAACCUGAGAAUGGAUUUUUCCCCCUGACAAUUCCACUAGCUGUAGCUGUGAAAGGAGCUGCUUUUGGAGAGUAGUAUAACUCCCAAAAUAAAUGUACAUUGGUAAUGUAUGUUGUGUUUACUUUUUACCUUUCUUUUCUUCACUUUUAGGUAAGGUUCACGGCUCCUUGGCCCGUGCUGGUAAAGUAAAAGGCCAGACACCUAAGGUAGGUUGCUGUGCUGUAAAUCGUGCAGUUGUAUAUGAAGCUGGUUGAACUGUGAGGGAUCUUGAUUUCUUUCAAGUAUACUAUUCUGCUACUUAUUAACCAGUUAGUGAUAAAGAUGGGAGAAUAAGUGUUACGUUAUACAGCAGAUUGAGACCAUAAGAAACAUUUUAUGUCAAAACUUUGUCACCCGCCUCGUCUAGCUUUUGCUAUGUGCGGGUGGAGAUGGCAAAAUGAUGUGCAUGAAAUAAAAUAUAGUGUGUGUGUGUGUGCGUCAACUAAAAAAGUUGUGGGCAUAUCAUUCACAACUGAGGAGCACAACUGUAUUGCUGUUUUUCUCUUCAGGUUGAUAAGCAAGAAAAAAAGAAAAAGAGGACAGGUCGUGCUAAGCGUAGAAUGCAGUACAACAGGCGAUUUGUUAACGUCGUUGCUGGAUUUGGAAAAAGACGGGGACCCAACUCAAAUGCUCCUUGA